GAACGCGACAACUGGCGGGAAUAGAAACUAACAAAAUUAUACGGAUAAUACAGAUUACGGAAAAUAUAGAGCAGCCAGCUCAGUCGCGUUAUGUCUACGGCCUUCCUCGUGGACAGUCUCCUGCACGCCCAGCAGACCUACACGGAAAGCCAGCUGAAGUCCAGCCUAAGCGAGAUGCUCCUGUCGCGUCGUUCGGGCACGGAUUCCGCUGAUCCGGCGGAGGCCACCGAGGCCUGUGGCUGCUCUAAGUUGCGCGGCUACAAGUGUGAUAAGUGCCGCGAGAUUCGUGCCGAGAGUGUGGACAGCAUCGAUGAGAUGGACGAAGACGAUGGCUCCUCCACUGCGGAUGAGAUUAUCGCCGAUAUUGGCAGUGUUGAAGGCGAGGAGCCGCACAUGGAUCUAGACGAGGAGCUGGAGGAUGAGCUGGCCGAAGUGGACGAGCCCGUGGCAAUCAAAUUGCCAAAGGUGGAGCCCAAAGACUCCAGUAUUCCGACGGUGGGCAACACCAUCCUCAAGGAUACCAGCAGCAAGCCCAUUCUCAAGUUCAGUGUCAGCGCGAUCCUUGGAGAUACCCGAGAGGGAGUUCGGGUUAGAAAUGAGUUCAUGCAACCGCAGCAUAUAUGGCCUUAUCUGCAGCAAAACUUCAUGCAGCAGCACUCGCAUCAAUAUCAGCAACACCAUCAGCAUCCCCACCAGCAACACCAACAGUUGCCAGUGCCAGGACAUCCGCAUCCGCAUCAUCAUCAUCACCAGCACCCGGGUGUGGGUCAUGCCCACUUUCCGCAUCCCGCAUUUCUAACGCAUCAACUGCCCCCGCAUCAGCAGCAGCAGCAGCAGCAACAACAUGUACAGCAGCAACAUGCACAGCAGCAACAUCAGCAGCAUCCCGGCAAUAGUUGUCAACCGCAAACCGCAUCCUCGUCGUCGUCACCUGGCAGCACAAUUAGUGAUAGCGACAACAAUCACGGCGGAUCGAGUGCCACUGCCAAUGGCAAUUCUGGCCAGGAUGGUCGACCGCACGACCUGGCGAAUUCGAGUCCCGACGUGGACAACGCCAGUCGAAGAUUAACGCAAGACAAGCAUCAGCAGCAGUUGCUAAGCGCCGGAGCAGGAGGAGGAGGAGGAGGUGGUGGACAUGGCCAUCCGACGCCACCGCCACCGCCUCCUCCGCCGGUGAUUGCGAAGCCCAUGCCCAGCCGCCCCACGCCCUUCCUGCCGCACACCCUCAACCACCCGCACCUCCACUCGCUGCUGGCGCACUGCCGCAAUCCCUACAUGAGUGUUGGCGCCCAAGUGUUUCCCCUGCCUCCUGGCCAGGGAUUCCCCUGGGCUCAUUCGACACGUGGUAAGCCUCGACGUGGGAUGAUGCGACGUGCCGUCUUCUCAGACUCCCAGAGGAAGGGUCUGGAGAAGCGGUUCCAGCAGCAGAAGUACAUCAGCAAGCCGGAUCGCAAGAAGCUGGCUGAGAGAUUGGGAUUGAAGGAUUCUCAGGUGAAAAUUUGGUUUCAAAACCGACGGAUGAAGUGGCGGAACUCUAAGGAGCGGGAGCUCCUGGCCAGCGGCGGUUCCCGCGACCAGACGCUGCCCAACAAAAACAACCCGAAUCCGGACUUGAGCGAUGCUAAGUGCGAUCGUCCUCUAACACCGAUUUCGCCCUCCCUGCUGUCGCCCAAUGGUAGUGCCUCGCCACCACCAGGAGCGGUGGCCAAGGACGAACCACCGACUGCUGCUGUUACGCCGAAGUCACCGCAGUCCGCCAGCAGUAGAAGUUCCCCCUCGACGGGCUAUGGCCUGCAGAUCAGCUCACCACCUCCGCUCCUAACCAGCCUCAAAAUGGGCGAUCAGUCGGCAGCAGCCACUCCCACUCCAGGACCUGCCACCACGGUUUCGUCUGCUGCCUCUUCGCCUCCCGGUGCAGCCGAGUUUCAGGCCAAGAUCAAUGCCGAGAUGCAGAAGCAACUGGUGGCCGCUGAUCUUAAAUUCAAGCUGGAGAACAGCAUCCAGGAGGCCAAGCAGCGGCGGUUCGAGCAACUGCAGCAGCAAUUGCAUCAUUCUCCGCAUUUCAGUGCCAUGAGGGAGGUGGAACUGGCCGCCGCCGCUGCAGCUGCGCAACUGCAUCAUCAUCACCAGCAACAACAGCAGCAACAGCAGCAGCAGCAACAUCACCAGCAGCAACAUCAACAGCAGCAACACCAGCAGGGCUCCGAGUUCAUGAAGCUCUACUACGAUGACUACGACGACUCCAAUUCGGACAGUGAUGAGGAGAUCAGCGUGACGUGAUUCGUGACUGCCACUGGGCGAGGAAAUGGAACUGCAGGCCGUGUAUAUAUAUGUUUUAAUUGUAAAUUUAUUGAUGCAUUCAACUUAUUGUAUUUAAUAUGUGUAUAAUAUUUUUUCGAAUUUAAAUUCCGAAACGAAAUAAACUUCUUUGAAAAAUC